GCAGGGAGGGGGCGACGGCCGCGGUGACGCUGCUGCGGCGGGCGGGCGGCGGCGCGUGAGGCGCGCGAUUUCCCGUCUUGGGAGCAGUGCCCCGGCCCCCGCCGCUCCUCCGCCGCCAUGUCGGGCCGGUCGGUCCGGGCCGAGACCCGCAGCCGGGCCAAGGACGACAUCAAGAAGGUGAUGGCGGCCAUCGAGAAAGUGCGGAAAUGGGAGAAAAAGUGGGUGACUGUGGGUGACACGUCCCUUAGGAUAUUUAAGUGGGUUCCUGUGACAGACAGCAAGGAGAAAGAAAAGUCAAAAUCGAACAGUUCAGCAGCCCGGGAACCUAAUGGCUUUCCCUCUGAUGCCUCAGCCAAUUCCUCUCUCCUUCUUGAAUUCCAGGAUGAAAACAGCAAUCAGAGUUCUGUGUCCGACGUCUAUCAACUCAAGGUGGACAGCAGCACCAACUCGAGCCCCAGCCCCCAGCAGAGCGAGUCCCUGAGCCCCGCACACACCUCUGACUUCCGCACAGACGACUCCCAGCCCCCUACUCUGGGCCAGGAGAUCCUUGAGGAGCCCUCCCUGCCCGCCUCAGAAGUUGCUGAUGAACCUCCCACCCUCACAAAGGAAGAACCAGUUCCACUAGAGACGCAGAUUGCUGAGGAAGAGGAAGACUCAGGUGCUCCGCCCCUGAAACGCUUUUGUGUGGACCAACCUGCUGUGCCGCAGACAACGUCAGAAAGCUAGCACCAUCCUGUGCCCUUCACCUCCUGACCCCCUGCCUCUAUUUAUUGCAUUCUGGUUCUGGCCGUGCUGUGUUGCUGGGGUAAGGGCAAGCCCUGGGGCCCAGAGCCUGCACAUAGGAACCUUCUGGGCUGGAAGGCCGACACUGGACUUGGGUGGUAGCGUCAUCUUCCUGUCCCUGGCAUCUGUGUCUGCUUGCUCUUGGGAAGAGGAGCACUCAUGUCCUUUUUCCACCUCAAGUAGGCUGGAGGUUCAGCCAUCCCAAGCUUCAUCUGUCACCUCCAGCUAGCGGUCUCUGCUCUAGAACCUCUGGAUGGAGCUGCUGGCGCUUCUACAAGAGGAAAGAGAUGUGGAAGGCGCCCUCUAGAGAAGAGAGGGCUUAGGGCUACUUGAACUUGAAUGGAGAUUGUAGAUUCAUGGACUUUCCCUGGGGCUAGGGGCCCUGUAGGCUGCUGUUGAAGGCCUGGGUAGAGAUUUUGGAGGGAAGGGAAGGGCUUUUCUCUACAGGAGGGCAGAAAAGUCCAUAUAGAUUUCUUGCUGUCCUUGCGCUUCUGCCCAUUCCUGAGGUUAUCCUGCCUCUCGUGGGCUGUCUAGCUGCUGACAGUUCUUUGUCCCUUACCGUAACCAUCCCCUUCCCCCAACACACACACAUGCACACAUGCAGCCUUCCCUGUUUUCAACUGCACAUUUCAUUCCGGCCUCCCCUGCCUCCUGCCACAAACUCCCCCAGCAAGAAUUUGAGGUUCUGACAACAAUACCCAUCCCCCACAGUACUCCUUCAGCUCAGACUUUCUAGAAAGUUCCCUUUUCUUUGAAAUCUGCAUGUUUAAUUGAACUUUAUGAUUUUAUUUUUUGUUUCAAAAAUUUAAGAAAAUGGAAAUGGGCAACAGUGAGUGAAGACAUAUUUUAGCACUGAAUAGAAUAUUUUUAAAAUUAAACUAUUUGAAAUAUG